AUGCUGGGCUUCAACGUCAACUAUUCACAGUUUCAAAGUGCUUUUCCUUUACAGUCCGAGGGGAGGAAAAAAAGAGAGAGAAUUAAAAAAAAAAAAAAAAAAAAAAAAAAAAAGGAUAGGAAAGUUUCUAGAAAAGAGAUUCAUUCACUCAGUAACGUGAUUCCUUAAACAUGCUUCCCACGAAAUAUCCAUUUUGACAAUAACAAGCCUCUCCUACGUACAUGUCUUCGAGCAGGAGGACCUUUAAUCUUUGUAGUUUAACCUAAAGGGAACAACGACCGCCUGAUCGCAGCUUUUACAUUCAUUUCAGAGUUCCAAACCUUUCACCUAAUCUCUAUGUUCUCCGCAGAACAUAGUAGGGCCAUUUAUACGAGGAAAAAUAAGACGCGUCUUACAUAAGACGCGAACUUUCCGUAUAAACGGCACAUUUCGUCUAAAAUAAGACGCGGCUUAGCUAAGACAUGCUCGUAUAAAUGGUACAGUUCGCGUCUUAUGUAAGACGCGUCUUAUUUUUCCUCGUAUAAAUGGCCCUAGUGAGUGGCUUAUAUACAGGAAGAUCGAAGGGUAGUCGUCAGAGUUCCUUCGCAAAGCUCGGAAAACAGGUCUCGAGUCGCUGAGUAAUCCAAGUAUAUACAUCAGUUGGCUUCAGUAAAAUUAGAAGAUUUAUUCAGGGGCACCCAACAGCAAUUUUCGGGAAAACAUCUGUUCGGAAGACGAUUUGAGAACUAGAAUUUUCGGAACAUUUGUUGUAAAAUUUCUUGCUUGCCUGCCUCUCCUAGGAUUUUCGAACAUCUACAAAAUGGUAUAAUGACCCAUUUUAAACGGAUAUUUACCCUAAAAAAGGGCACCUAGAAUUUUCGGGAGCCUUUUCCUGGCUGAAAUUUUCGAAAAGGUAAGUUUGGAUCCCUAUAAUUUUCGAAUCACUAGACUUUCAGCUAGGAAAUCCGAACAGAUGAAAAGUUUUUAGGGGAUAAAAAUAUGCCUAUAUCUACCGUUUAAAUACUAAAAUACGUUCAACAAUGCUAUGUUAAGUGAUUUUGAACUAUAUCCUCGUUGGGUGCCCCUGUUUAUUGAGGGCUUAAUUUUUGUUAUGUUAAAAGAAAAGAAAGAAAAGUGGUAUACGAAGGAAAAGAGCUGAAUUUCCGACAUUCUGACAGGAACUGUAGCUCGCACAGUGUAAUAAAUGUUCCCCAGAUAAACAAUAGGGAGAACGAGGAAAUUGAUUCAAAUAAACAUCAGUCAAAAAACAAAAAUACAGCGAGCGUGGUAUCUAUGCAGUCUGUGUUAAUUGCAUUUUAAAUAACGCUUUUGCAUGUAACUACAACAUACCAACCAUCUGCCUCAGAAGAGAACGAAACUAAAUGUUAUAUGCCCUUUGGGUAAGAAAAUACUUGAAGCUGUCACAUCAAACCAAGAAUAUAUGCAUUUAUAAUGGUGUUGUCUUCCGAGCACGCAUCUAUCUCAGAGCGUGACUUUCUUUAUCGCUGAUCAGUUUGUUUCGUGCGGAGUAACUUCUGUACGUGAUCACGAAACACAUCCCGCUGUCUCGUGGGUUGUAAAAAAUUGAACACGAAUUCCUUUUUACAAAAAGUUAAUCAUGCGGGGGCACUCCGAUUUACAUAUUUCUCACUCUAAAAUAAGAAACCGAUGGUUAACCUAAUUUUCACCUUCUUAUACUUUUAAAGUAGCAUUUACAGGCUGAAAAAUUUUAUAGCCAGAAGCAUUGUUCAGAUCAGUAAAUUUUGUAUAUUUUUGGUGAUUCAUAUUAACAAACUUCAGUAAGAGAGGCAUCAUUUGCACUGAAUACUAAAAAAAUUUUCAAAACAAAUAAUAUAAAAAAUAUUCAUUGCUAUAUAUAACUCACUCACACCUGAACACCUGAACAAUAUGUAAAUUGACACGAAUUUUUGAUAGUUCGAGUGAGGACAAAAGGUAUUUUUAAGGUCUGUAAACAUAUUAGUCAGCUCAGCAUCUAGUACUGUAAACGUCCAAGAUGAAUAGCAGUGUGUCUAAUCAAUUAUGCCGAUACCUAUGGGUGUUUUUUAAUGGACCUGUCAUCACGCCAUUGUUUGACCUGUCUGUCAAUAAUCUGCAAAUUGAAAUUAUUUAAGCUGGAGUGCAGGCAUCACGUCUCCAGUACAUAACUGGAACGGGCGCGUUCGAAUAAAGAUCUUCAUUUUCCACCGUGCCGUCAAAGGUACCCAUAGAAAUCUGGAAAUUUCUUCUUUCAGGUGAGCGAUAUUUAUUAAGACGAAAAUGCUGAAAGUAAACUUAAUACGUUCUGCAUACCAUUGAAAGCACCGCUCUCUAGUGUUCAAAGUGUGACACCGGUGCGUGAACCGGAGAAAACUAAAUAAUUUUCGCCUGCUAUUUUCUAUUCAUCUAACAAUCUUAACACUUUCAUUUUUUAUAAUGUGGACUUUUUAGACUAAAGACGUGUGCAAACAUAAAAUAAACUAAAAAACGACAUGAUUUAAGACAUAACGAUAAUCGCGACGCUACACGAAAAUACUAAGUUUACAAGUUCCGCUCGCGUGCACUAGAAAUCGUGAGAAAACGUAGUCACGUUUUGCACACCACCUAACAUGCUACUGAGCACUGAACCAUCGAAUACACCCGAUCGAGUACUAUUCGUCGGUUAUAUUUUUUUCAUUUAAUUCCCAGUUAACACUUUUUAUUUUUAUUGAUUUUUUUUUGUCUAAUGUUUAUAUUUUUAUUUUCUCUGUUUUUCGAUGUAGAAAUAGUGCAAACGUAAAAUACUUGAAACUGCAAUAACCGUACAAGUCUACAUGAAAAUACUAGAUCUUUGACUUGUCUCGUGUGCUCUAGGCUAGUCUUAAGCAAAACAUUGUGGCGCUUUGAAACUGCUUGUAAUUUGUAACCGUGCCUUUCUGCUACUGUGCACUGAACUCAUUGAAUAAAAAGAUUUUUUCUUUUCUUUUUUUUUCUUGACGAAAGAAUGUCUUCAAAGUUUUUCCACCACUUAUAAGAAUAAUAACGAUCAAUAAAAAUUGUUAUAAUCAUAUAUUAUAUAUUUUAUUUAAUAAUUAUCAUUAGUUAUUCAUAGAGGACCGAGGAAAUUUCAGACCAAAGCAAAGAGCAUACAGUGUCUACAGCAGUGAUAAAAGCAUAUUUAUACCCUUCACUGUAAUGUAUCAGUUAAAUCCAGCUGUAAAUUACUGAACCGGAUUUAUUAUUUUUCGCAGUCAAGACAGUUUGAAAGCUUUUUAAGACGAUGGAAUCCCUCCCAAAAAGAAAUCUAUCUCCAAGCAAUGUACUGCAGUGUGAAGGCCAAGUGUAAGGGCGACAGUGUUAUAGAUUUGGCCGGCUUCUUUAAAGUUUUCCAAAAUCUUUAAUGUUGUCCCCGAACCGCACUCUGUUCAAAAACCUUUUUUCCAUGGAAACCAAGGACAAGCAGAUGAUAUGGCCGAUUAAUUUCGAUUUUUGUUCAAAACAAAAAUGUCUGAUAUUAGCAGUUUAUUUUGAUCGGGAAAAUUGAAACAAUUACUGCAUCCUUAUUGUUAUAUAAUUAUAUUGAUUUCCAAGUUCUUCGUGUCUGUGAUAUUAAUUCGACUUUUUUGGUACCAUUUUAGUAAAGUAACUACAACAAACCUCUUCGAAAAUACAUAAGUUUUAUGUUCAACCUCUCUCAUUUUUUACAAAAGAUCUGUGUUCUUUCCCUGAAACUAGGCAGUAAAUAUAUGAACAGCACAAAGUCCGACAGAGACGCUCUUAGUCUACCUGUAUAAAAAUUAAUACGCGGACGUGGGCCCGAAUUAACAACUUUCUGUACGUAUACAAUGCUGUAUUCGUAGUGGGGAAUUAGUUGAGUUCCUGCCCGUAUUCACACAAAAAAUGUAUUUAAAAAAGCACAUCAAAACAUCAGAACCCCAAACCUAAAAGCAAAUUACAAAUUUUAUUAAGCAAAUAUAUGAAAUAAUUUAUGCGGUUCUCAUUGUUUUAGUUACGGACAGACGAUUCUAUAUUUGACUUUGUGUUAUAUUGUUGCCGUUUGUGUCAACUUUAAGCACAAAACCUUUUCUGACACAUUGCCCUUGGCCAGCCUUAAGGCUGUACCGGUGUAGUCCACGUCAUGUGUAGUUUAUUGCUUUAUGGCUUACGUUUUUCGUUUAAGUUUAUAUUUUUCCUGAUGACUUCACUAUUUUUCUUUAAUUUUAAGACCUCUUUUAAUACUGGCAUCUUUCGUGCGGACCGAUCUAAAGCAUCACUCUGUCGCAGUAACAUCGCGCGAUCAAUAUUCGGUAUAAUAGCUAUUCUGUAACAUACAAAACCCGAAAGCUUACAAACAAAGUGGACCGAAAACUGAGCUAUUCUUCAAGUCCUGGUUUAAAAUGUAAGAUUACGUAAUUGGUAAAGAUCGCAAUAAUUUCCCAUCGUGCAUUCUCUCUCCUGUUCCAUGGAUACUGGAAUGUUUCUUGCUCAAUAUCCAUGUCACGUUUUAAAGUACCUCGAUGUUGUAGGCUUGUGUCUUUUCUUAUCACUUCCCAAUAAAUGGGCCAACAUUAACUUGCCAUCCAUCUGAUAUAUAUUCAUUGGUCCUUUCGCUAAACUGAUUUCACUGUCGCCUCAGUAAACUGAACACUCCGCCGGAAAGUUUGCAGUGUUAUCUAAUCGCAUAUAGACAUCUCUCGAAGGAUUUGGACCAUUUCCUUUAAAUCCUUUUACCUUUAGCCUAAAGCAAUUUGAAAGAAAAAAUAAACAACAAUUCAAGUGGUGUCAUAUCCUGUUUAAGAAUUUCCUGCAAAUUUCGGCUUUUGCACUGUCGAAACAGGCUUGAUGAGCAUAGUUUACUGAGGAAUACUGAGGAGGAAGUCCCAGUUAGAAGCUACAACAGUAAAACAAUUUCAAAUCCGAAUAAUGGCUGCAUUCAUCAUAGAGACGUUGCUUACACCGUAAACCAAGAACAAAAGAACAGUAAUACAAACUGCCAAGAAAAACAAAGUGAGAAGAGAGGAGAAUCACUUCUUCCUUGGUACGCCGGUAACCAGUCAGUCAGUGUAGAAUCAUGAUUGUUCUUGGCCUCGCACCUGUCUGGACUUUGAAUUUAAGAUUACUAAUCAUGAACCGCUUAUAAUAAUCCACAAUUUAAAGGUCAAUCUCCAGCAUGUGCUUACAUUUGAGUUCACAACUAUUACAAAAUUAACUUUUUUUUUUCUGUUCAUUCUGAUCAUGCAUGCAAAGGCCGUCGCUCAGCAAUAUAGACUGAGUUUAUCACGCGAUAGAAGCAAUUUAAAAACUGUGAACUGAUUUUGGCAAAGUAUUGUUAAAGCAGUUCGUUGCCGCGAGUUUUUCAUUCGCAAAAAUUCCGUACUCUGAAUGGGACCAUUUUUCAGGGUUAUCGCGAAUUUCUGAAAUGACUCGCAUUUAAAGUAUUCUGGGUGGUCGCCAAAAGUAGGACUUUGAUAAUGAAAUCUGAUGUGAUAAGGCCGCGUACGUAUAACCAAAUCUGGCAUCAUUUUUCAUUGCAGAAAUGAAGAUCAUUGCCGACACCAAUUGCCCCGCUGAGGAAAAUUGCUCGACACGACAAAACGUUGGAAAAAAUCCGUUCAUUCUUCCUGAUAAAGAAAGAACCGUUUUGAAAACGUCAUCAUCGUUCACAUGCUCAUCAAACUUGUCUCGAUCUUAUGUGGAGCAAGUAAGCAAUGUAUCAUGGUACAGAACCAAAUAUGGCCGACCUCGUUCUAAUUCCUACCCGUUUAUAAAACGUUGGAAUCCGUUACCGAGGGUAAUAGAAGAAGAAGAAUCAGUGGAGGAGGCGCCAAAAGAAGCGCACCGUUGUGUUUCCAAUGUGCAUGUUCAGACGAUAAACUGGGCGGACAACAAGCUAUCAGAGGAGUGGCUAUCCAAAAUAAAUUUAUUGAGGUCGACUUUGAUUGCGGCUCCAGUAAUUAAAGUUAGACGAAGGCGUUCGCGCUCGAACUCUUUUCCAUUCAUAAAACGUUUGCAUCAACUACCUUGUGUAACAGAAGAAGACGAAACUACAGGAGAUGAAAUUACAACACAGCUUCAGCAAAUACAAAAGGUUAAAAGGACUGACAAGCUUUCGCAUGACUCGCUUGAUAAGAUUAGCACAGAAAGCUUUUCUCUGUCAACUACUGACAAACCUCGAGGGCCAUUUCAUUCUGUAAACUAUCCCUUGACAAAGUUCACCGGGGGUGAAAAGCAAGUAGUAUUAGAGGAUUCGCGUCAGAACGCGUCUAUAUCAUUUGAAAGGGCAGUGAUAAAACUCACAGAUCAAGAUAGCAGCGAUCCCACUUCUUCGAAAAAAGACAGCUCUACAUUCCGCAAGCCAGACUCGACCUACAUUUCAUUGAUCAGCGGUUUCAUGCAUGAAACAAAGCAAGGAGCACAACACAGCGGAACGGAUUCUUAUACAAGAGAAUCUCUCACCUCUGAUUGUAAACAGAGUAGGGCGAAAAAUUGUAAAACCCUGAAAUGCAUUGCAUUUUCACCAAGGAAACUUUUGUGUUCGAACGGACGACAAAACGUUCAACGUGAGUUGUCUGGAAGUUCAGAGUAUAUCCCGCUGCAGAUGUAA